CGUACCCUUAUCCUUUGCGGCUGGGCGCCAUGGCCGGUGGAGGAGGCAAAGCCAAGCCGCUCGAGUUCACGCCAACAUGGAUCGUCGCGUCGGUCUGCUUCAUCAUCAUCAUCAUCACCCUCCUCUUCGAACGCUUGCUCCACCUCCUAGGAAAGAAGCUGAGCCCAAAGAAGCUGCUGUACGAAGUCCUCCUGAAGGUGAAAGAGGAGCUGAUGCUGCUGGGGUUCAUAUCGCUGCUGCUCACCGUGUUCCAGGACCCCGUGGGGAAGGUGUGUGUCAGACAGAGCGCCAUGCUCAUCAUGCUUCCCUGCAAGCCGCCGCCACGCCCACCGCGCAAGACCGAGCACCUAAGUGACGCCAUGUUCAAUGGCGUCAUGGGCGGGGCGAGGCGGCUCCUCGCUGGAGGAGGCGCCUCCGAGGACUACUGCCUCAAGAAGGGAAAAGUUCCAAUACUUUCAGCCGAAGCUAUUCAUCAGUUACACAUAUUUAUCUUCGCGUUGGCAGUCACUCAUGUCCUUUUUAGUGCUAUUACAGUUCUUUUAGGAAUUGCACAGACGAGAAAUUGGCGACAUUGGGAGACCAACAUCCAUAUAAAGGAUGCGAGUGCCCCUGAAAUGAUCAAGCAUGUUCAAGAGUUCAAAUUUAUUCAAGAUCACUUUAAUGGUCACAAAAAACGGUGGAAGAUAUUUGGUUGGCUGCGUUCCUUCUUCAAACAAUUACGUGGAUCUGUCACCGAGGAGGACUACACAACAAUGCGACUUGGCUUCAUCAUGAAACACUAUAGGGGGAACCCAAAAUUCAACUUUUAUAGUUACAUGAUUAGAGCAUUGGAGGUUGAUUUCAAGAAAGUUGUUGGUAUUAGUUGGUACCUUUGGACUAUGUUGACGAUAUUCCUAUUGUUAAAUGUUCAAGGAUGGUAUAUCUACUUUGGGAUAUCGUUGGUUCCGUUCAUUAUGCUACUUUUGAUUGGAAGUAAGAUGCACCACAUCAUUACGGAACUGGCAUAUGAGGUUGCCCAAAAGCAUACAGCAAUUCAAGGGGAAUUAGUAGUAUCUCCUUCAGAUGAGCUCUUUUGGUUCCAUCAGCCUAAAUUAGUCCUUGUGUUGCUCCAUAUCAUCCUAUUCCAAAAUGCAUUUCAAGUUGCAUUUUUCUUUUGGCUCUUGGUAACAUACGGCUUUAAAUCUUGCAUCAUGGGAAAACCAACAUAUGUUAUUAUUCGACUUGCCAUAAGUGUCGUUAGCCAAUUCCUUUGCGGCUACAGUACCCUACCACUUUACGCCAUCGUCUCUCAUAUGGGGAAUUCAUUCAAGAAGUCUAUAUUUGAUGAGAAUGUAGCUGAAGGCCUUGUCAACUGGGCUGAAAAUGCUAGAAGACGCAGAAGAAUGCCAAACAAAACUACUAUAGAUGUAGGUAGUUCACCCGUUGAUGAGGCACAAGGUGGCACAUCUCAAAUGGUAAAUAUACCAUCCAAAUCAUCAGUGGAGAAAGGGACUGCCAGGCUAAUAUAAUUGCAUGCAUAGUUUGGCCAAUACAAAGGAUUGUACGGUACCAUUUGGGCUAAUUGUACUAUUAAUUUUUAUUUUUAUUUUCUGAAUCAAUUGUACUAUUAAUUUGAUUGAACAACAAAAUAGUGAUAGAACGAAAAUACAUAAAUUAAAAA